CUGGGUGAAAUGACCGACGGUCCUCCAGGCUCACACACGGGUCCAUUGUCAUGGCGAUGACAUCAUCACUGUACCAGCGGGGAAGAGCUCUGGUUCCCACCGCUGAUGACAGCAGCAGACCCAGCUGCUGGAGGAAAAACAAACUGCUUCAAAAUGGGCAUCAACGCUGCAACCAUGGUGGCAGUUCUGCUCGUCUCUUUGACCGCUUCCUUUGCCACACAAGUGGGCCUCAGCGAGAAGGUCCUGGUCUUCCCGUAUGAGACAGACUUCAGCUUCGUGGCUCUGAUCCCGCAGAAGGAGAUGGCGCUGCGGGCCUUCACGCUCUGCAUGCGGGUGGCCACCGAGCUGCCAGAGGAGCGCCAGAUCAUCCUGUUCGCCUACCGCACCGCCGACUACGACGAGCUCAACGUGUGGCGCGAGAAGGACGGCCGCGUCUCCUUCUACUUGAGCGGCGACGGCGUCUUCUUCCGCCUGCCGCCGCUCAGCACCUUCCGAACCAGCCUCUGCCUCACCUGGGAGUCGCGCUCCGGCCUGGCCGCCUUCUGGGCGGACGGCAGGCGCAGCACCUACCAGGUGUACAAACCGGGCCACAGCGUGCGGCCCAAAGGCACCGUGCUGCUGGGCCAGGACCCGGACAAACACCUGGGCGGCCUGGAGGCCACGCAGAGCUUCGUGGGCGAGAUGACGGACGUCAACAUGUGGGACUCGGUGCUUUCCCGGAGCCUGAUCCAGGCCUGGCACUACGGACACAAAGUCCCCAAGGGGAACAUCUUCGACUGGGCCAGCGUGGAGUACGAGCUGAGCGGCAACGUGCUGGUGGUGGACGACGACUGACGCGAUGCGGGGGACCCGGCGGGCCGAGGUCCGGAGGGCAGCGCCGCGCUGCGGCUGCUGGCGCCGGCCCUGUGGUGGUACGCAGCAGGAUUAGGGCCGGUCUGGGUGGCAUAAAACCACACAGGACAUUUACACCAAAAAACUCAGCUUCAAAAGUCAAAAACUGACUUGAAAAACUCAAAUUUGAAGAUCAUUCUAAGAAGUUUGAGUUUCAAAAGUUAAAAAUGUGAUAUAACAAAACUCCAGAAAUUUUUAAAUUUUGAGGAAAAACUUGGAAAUUUCUCAGUAUGGAAAGUUUAAAGUUUGUUAGAAAAAAAAACAACAGAUUUUUAAAAAUUAAUCUCACAAAUUUUCUAAGUUUCAAAAGUCUAAACUUGUCUUAAAAAAAUAACAGAAAGUUUUGAAUUAAUCUCAGAAAUUUUGCAGAAAAAACAUGGAGACUUGUGAGUUUGAAAAGUCAGAAAUGUUGUGGAAGAAUCAAAUGUUUACAAUAAUCCCUGUAGAAACAUCGUCAGCCCUCAAGUAUUUAACAUGUUCAAUACUUAGAAACAUUAAUCAUAAAUUUAAAAAAAAAAAACAAACAUAUUGGCAAAAACACUUUCAAAUUAAAAUUUUUAAUCUUUGCCUUUAAAUUUUAGUUUUUCAGAUUUUCUUUUCUUGGUAACUUUGAGAUCAAUUAACACAAUUUAACACUUUUAAUUUGAAAUGGAAUAUUCUGCUUCUUUAAUUUCAGAUAUAACCCUAAAAGUCAUUGAUAGCAUUGAGCUAAUUAUUUAGCACCACGCUAAAUAUUUCUUAAACUAUUUAAUUUCUACUCCAGAUCAAAUCAAACCAGAAUGGCUCCCUCCUUUCUAUAAUACAGCAUGUUAUCUGUUAUCUAACCAAGUUUAAUGGGUAGAUGUUUGGAGUUAGAAUCCACUCCAAGGGCCACAAAUGGCCCCCGGGCCGCAUGUUGAACAACCCUUUAAAACUCGGCAGGUUCAUAAAGCUGUGUACUAAAUACUGUCUGCCACUCAUUAACUUCUAUUUUCAAAUACCAGACUUAAAAAUAGAAGUUUUUUUUUUCAUCUGUAAAAGAUAAAUAUAAAAUUAUUCCUAAAACUUUGGCUUUUAUUCAAAAUGUUUUGUUUAAGGCUGUCAUACCAGAAGCAUCCACAGGAGGGCGCUCUGGACUUGGUCUCAUGAAAUAAUGACUUCUUUCAUCCUGUCUGCAUUUAGUAACAAAAACUGGCACCAUUAACUUCAAAAAGUGCUUUUAAGCAAACUGUAACAAGUAUGUUUAUUUUCUGUAUGUAAAUACAUUAAAAUAUAAAAUAAGAAAACAUUUCUAAAAUGUAUUUUUCACCUUUAGAAACUAAAAAAAAGCUAUUCUACAAAACAGUCCAGAUGGAACAUUUGUUUUGAUGAAACUGCCUCUUAAUAAAAUCAUUGUAUAUAUAGUUAAUAUAAAGUAUGAUAUGCUGCGUAGCUCUGAUGGUUUUAACCAUCAGUUCUGGUCUCGCUGCCUUCGGUUUCUCCCUCACUAAUGAAUUUCCAGCUGAUGUAAGAGGCCUGAAAUAAAACCUCAACAACGGUUGUCAUUAAAUUAAAUUAGUUCAUCUUUGAA